AUGCCAUCCAUACUCAACGAAGAGGACAAACAGACCGUCAAGCGCACUGUUCCCAAGGCAUCCAACAAAAUCCAUGCUGUCGCGGUCGCAAAGCUGUAUAUAGCAUAUCCCAAUCGACAACGAUGGAACUACACGGGCCUACAGGGCGCUGCGGUGCUCGCCAACGACUUGGUCGGCAACACCUUUUGGAUCAAGCUGGUGGAUGUCUCUCCCGCGAACAGAGGCGUACUCUGGGACCAAGAGAUCUAUGACACCUUCCAGUACAAUCAGGACCGAACAUUCUUUCACACGUUUGAGCUGGAGGAUUGUUUGGCGGGGCUGAGCUUUGCAGAUGAGAAAGAGGCGAAGCAAUUCAAGAAGAAGAUGGACGAGCGGGAGAAGAAUGCGCAUAAGAACACAAGAGGCAGGCCUUUCGCAAGCGGUCCGGCGCAGACAGCAUACCAACAGCCGCAGCCUCAGGAAGUAGCAGGCAAGAAGCAUGGCCGGUUUGGAGGGCUUUUCUCAAGCCACAAGAACAGCGCACCGCAAUCAGCGCCGCAGAGUAUCAUUCCUCCACGAGGAGUGGAUCUCAAUUCUCAUGGUGCACCUUCACCAAGCGCUUCGACUCCGAACACAAGCAGGGCCACAAGCGAGAUCGAUCUCACAGAUCCGGCUGUACAGGCUGUCCUGCAGGAUCUACUCCAAAUGGGUAUCACAGAGGACCAGAUCGAGGAGCAUGCAGGCUUCAUCAAAAGCUAUCUGGAGCAAAACAAGGCUACAGCAGCUGCGCAAGCUGAGAAGAACGAGAGAGCUGCGCGUGCACCUCCGCCUCCACCGCCGAAUGCUGCCAACUUGAGUCCACAGAACACAGGCAGCUCAAAGGGCGGACGAGGUCCUCCGCCGGCUCCUCCACCAUCUAGGAGGACGGCUGGAGGAGCAGCGCAGCGACCUCCAAGUCCCAGCCCAAGCCCUCCACGAGAACCUUCACCACCCCGGCCAAGAUUCAAAGUUCCUCCACCGCUCGCAGAUGCGGGAAGUAAGGUCAACGGUGCGCCUGCGUUACCUGGUCGGAAUAGAGCGACGAGCCAGAGCACUCCAGGUCCACCUCCACCUCCACGACCGGCCAAGGAGCCACUCGAUGAUCAGCCGUCCACGCGCUUUGCUGUGCCUCCACCUUUUGAAGGGAAGCGGAUUACUUCGAACCCUGCUCCACCUGCUCCACAAAGAGGCAAUGUAGGUCCUCCGCCGCCUCCACCGAGAGAAAGUGCUGCUCCAGCAGGUAUUCCUCCGCCUCCUCCGCCACGCCAGUCGCCAAACCCCAGCGCAGGCGGCUUUUCAGAUUCUGGUCCUCCAGCUCCACCUCCCUUACCACCAGCAAGCUCAAGACCUGUGCCUUCCGCUCCAGCGAACGGCGCCCCUUCUGCAACAACUCUCCCUCCUUCAGGCACAGCAAGUCCGCCUCCACCACCUCCUCUUCCACCUACUUCAAUUCCUGCUCCACCGCCUCCACCUCCGCCUCCUAUGCCUCCCACCGUCGCACCAAACGUAGGCCCGCCACCACCACCACCAAUGCCGCCGCGGGGCGGGGCGCCCGGUGUUGGAGACGACACUGCUGCAGCUGCAGCACCAAAGACUCCUCAGCCUGGUCGCGGCGGACUAUUGGCUGAUAUUCGCGGUGGAGCCAGGCUGAAGAAAGUGUCAGACACAGAGAAGCGGGAUCGAAGUGCUGCCAUGGUGCCUGGCAGUGAGACUUCUGCUUCAUCUGCGCCUGCGGCUGCAGGUGGCGGCGGCGACGCUCAGGGUGGACUGGCUGGUGCGUUGGCGAGUGCACUCGCAGCAAGGAAGAGUAAAGUUAGUCAUUCUGGUAAGCUCGUCCCACUUUUCAUCCAAAAGCACCGUGUAAAUGUUGACCAUGCCAUGCAGAUGACGAGAAAGACGAUGAUGACUGGUAA